UUGUUAUGUUUAAUUUCUUGGCUAAAUAAUGCACGCAAAAGAUACGCGGCUUCCGCUGUCUCCUCCCACUCGACGUUUAUUGCCAGUAAAUGCGAUAACAUCGUCUUUUGACUUUAGUUUUAGUCGUCAACGUUCGGUUUUUUUUUAGAUCAUUCCGAAUGUUCCUAAGGCACCUGAAGGCAUCCUACGUCACGCAAAUGGCGGACGUUGUAAACAGAGCCAGCAGUUCCCCGGAGGCCAAAGUGAAACAGCUCUUUUUAAGAUGAAUAACGUAGACUGCGAGCGCCUGGAUAGCCUGGAGGGCUGGGUGGCCGUUAAAAGCAACUUAUUUGAAGAAAGCGAGACGUUUAAGCUGGGCUUUAUCGUGCAGUGGAAUGUCAUCGAGCUUAAGUUCGCCGUCACCUGCCACAACCGGACGCUACAACGGCAGAAACGCAAAGCCGAGGUCGCCGUCGGCGACCCUCAGAUGAGCUGGGCUGGACUCUUCUCCGUGAACGACCUGAAACACAUCCAUCGGCAGUUUACAUGUGUGGCAGACGUGCCGGGAGCCUGUUUUCCAGAUUUGUCAGAGUUUGAAGGGGGCAACAUUUGGGACUUGCUCUUCCUGAAUCGGAGGUCAGGUCCCGAGGACGACGACGAGAGGGACUUCGAUACGCCGUGCAGGAAGCUGGAAAAAUAUUUCAGCACGGCCAUUGACAUCUGCGGUCGGAAAAUUGUUCUGGAUACAUUAUUCACCCAGGAUGAGCGGGGUGUUGAGGAGUACUUUGAAAAUCUGCAGGAGUUCAAAAGGAAGACCAUGCAGGAGGAGAUGUCCAGGGCCAAGGAUCACCUGCGACAGCUCCUGCAGAGUCACGGCACGGCAGACCGAAUGGUUGUGCUGCUCAGCAUCUAUGAGGAAGAGGACGAGGCCUACCAGGACCUGGUCACUGUGGCCACCACCUUCUUCCAGUAUCUGCUGCAGCCUUUUAGGGACAUGAGAGAGCUGGCCUGCCUCUACAAAAUGGAGAUCCUGAAGUCUUUGGAGUUUGAGGACUUGGGUCCCAAGAGAAUUGCAGCUCUGGAGAAGGAGGCGGAGGAGUGGAGAACGAAGGCGGAAGAUGCAGUCGCCUCAAUUCAGGACAUCACUGUCACCUACUUUGCACAGACUUCAAAGGCUCUGGCUGGUAUGUUAAAGCAGAUGGAGGAGGAUAAGUGUCGUUUUGGGGCUGCUGCCUGGGCAUCUGCAGCUCCCAGACUGGAGAAACUACGCUUCCUAUUGGCCAAAGAAACCCUGCAGCAUAUGAGAUCAACAGAGAUGUGCCUCAACCGCAAGAAAAACAGCAUCAGAGAAAGGCUGGGCAGCCUGUCUGGCAGAGUCCAGAGCCAGAGCGCUGAUUCCAGCUCUGUGUCUGAGGAUGGCCAACAGCAGGACACCGUGGACCAGCUGGAGCUGCAAUUCUAUGAAACCCAGCUAGAACUGUACGACACCAAGUUUGAGACCCUGAAGAAUGAGGAGCAGCUGCUGGUGGCUCAGAUAGACACAGUGCGACGGCAGAUUAAAGAGCUGAAGGAGGAGGUGGUUUACUAUGAUGUGUGCGAGGAUCCAGAGGAGCUGCAGAGCCUGGUCCACACAGGUAUCCAACAAGCAGACUCUCCAGCUGUCAGUCAGCUCAAAAGACGCCUACAGACCUUGGAGACCAAGAGAGGCAACAUCUGUGCCCGGCGAGCUUAUCUUCGCAACAAAAAGGAUCAGUGCAUGGAUUCCCAAGAGCAUAAGCAGCUAGCAGCCAAGCAGAGCUCCAAGGUCUUCAGCCAGCAUCAUCAGGUCCACCUGAAACGAGAGAAGAGAAAAGAGGAGGAGCAGAGGAGGAAACAGUGGGUGGACCAGGAGCGAGAGAAGACUCUGAGCAGAUUACGAUCCUUCAGAGAGAAGCGACAGGGCCAUUACAUCCUGAAAACUCCCCAGUCCAGGAUGUCUCCUUCAGAAGUCCCAUGUCCCUCGCAGCCGCUGUCAAUCAUCAGCCUCGGCCCCUCUCCCUCCUCUGAAGGACCCUCCCCCUCCAUCCGCCCUGCACCCAGGCGCAGUAAAGCACCCAAGAAACAGCAGCCUAAAGACAUCCCUGUCCAAAUCUACACUGCACCGCCCCCUCCAACAGCAAAUAUACCUACUGCACCUCCUCCUCCGCCCCCUCCACUGCCACCUCCCCCACCACUGCCCCCUUCUGUACCUCCUCCACCUGCCAAAGUUUCCUCUGAGGACACACCAAUGGCUCUCAGUGAAAAAGAGGACCCUCCUUUCCCAGCCAAGAACAUGCUCAAACAAAAUAUAGGAACAAUGGAUGAAGUGUUGGCCUCACUGCAGCGUGGACAGAUUGAGCUUAGAAAGGUCCCCGCUCCCAGGACAGCGCCCCCUGCUGAGGACCCAAGGAGCAGUCUGAUGUCUGCCAUCCGAAAGGGAGUCACCCUGAGGAAGGUGGUUCCUACACGUGCAGAGGUCCUGAGCAGUGGAGACAAUGAGCUAGAGCGCAGCAUCAAAGCUGCCAUGAUGCGGAUGAAGAAGGUGGCAGCCGACUCUGAUGAGGAGGACAGGGGAGACGACGAGACACAGAAUACAGAAUGGGACAGCUGAGAACACACGCAUACACGCACAUAUUGAUUAAGUCUUCCUCUAAAAUUGACCCUGCUCUGUUUUAUCCUGCUUAUGUUGCUGUGAAAUUUUCACCACAAAAGCUUCUUCUUUGACUAGGACCGGAUCACACCUUUCCUGGCUUAAACAUUGCAGUUUGUUGAAGUUUUCGUCAAAUUGUUUUGUUUUGUUUUUUUUAAAUUGCCCUGAGAUGUUGAAAUACAUCCAGAACUGCUUCAAUCUAACUAUCCAGGAAGUGGCAGAAUCAGGAUUCAGUCUCCUGUAAACCAGAUGGUUAACAGAAAUCCCAAACUGAGCGAAUGUGGUGCUGUGCUUCAGCGCUCAUUAAGGAGACAAGCCAAGCAAUAGCACUGUAGUACAGUGUGCAAAUGAUUGAAUUUCUUCCAACUCUAUCUGAAGGCCUUUUGUGUGUCUGUCACACAGCAGAGGAAGCCUAUGCUGCAGGCAGAGACGACUACACUAACCAGCUCCACUAUCACAAAUACUCAUUUGUCUCAUAUUGCUGAGUCUAAACUCAGCUACUUCUGUUAUUUUGAAUGUAAUUAAAUUUGAACAGUUGUUUUUUAACUUGACUUUACGCCAACAAGGGCUACAGCAAACUGAGUUUUGUAGUUUUUGCAUUUUAUUAUUAAACAAAGGAAGAGUUACGUUCUAAAGUGCAGCAGUGUUAAUUAUUUACAGCCUACAUGUCUAAAGUCUCUGUUACUGUUUUGUAUUAGAGGCUAUUUGAUGCACUGUUAUGUCCAUGUUUUUCUUUUUGUGUAAGAAAUGUGUUAAUGUACUAGGCUGAAUUUCUGUGCAAUAUAUACAUGAUCUGUUCUUCUUUUUCUUCUUCUCUGAUGCCAAAACAAAUUAAGUGACAGAAAGAAUGCUAGAUUCCUUUUUUUUUUUUUGGGGGGUAAGAAAUAUGUCCUAAUGAUGGAAAAAAAGCUUGCUGACAGGUUAUUGUUAUUGUUUAGGGCAAACUUCAUACUUAUGGCCUUUGAACCUGUGAAAGAGCACUUGACUUACGUAAACCUCUUAAAAAGACAUGGUUAUAAUGUAUCGUGCACAAAAAACAAUACUGUAUUGCAGACUACAGAAGAAAUUACUAAUUGCUGCACUUUGUUUUAAAACUUCUGAUUCUGCGAAGAUAUGAAACUUCUUCCAGUGUGUUACAGAUGAGCUUUGGGCUGAUGAUAGCUGAGGCGGAAACACACUUGUACUGCUUAAUAAUAAAUGAAGACACGUAGGAUCAUACACGAAUU